AUGUUGUCCGACUACAACAGGCGUGGCUCUGCCGGGUCUUCCACUCUCGAGAGCGAAAUCUUCGACAUUGACGACCGUGCUGCAGCCGCCCUGUAUAGACCCUAUUUUCUUUUUCCGCGGCGCACGCGGUGGAGAAAGUACAUUUGCCGCUCGCUGCGGCGUGUCGUGUACGUGCUACUGCUGCUUCUGGUCGCUCUUAUUUCCGUCACCUUCGUCUUCUUCCCUUCCUACACACACCMCCCGCCGCACUACCGCUCGCUCGAACACACCAUCAACUACUCCCAGGAGUCUGGCCGCGGGAAUCCUCGCCAUGAAAAAGUCUUUAUUGCCAACAACCUGUACGACGCAUCCGGCGAAUUGGCCCGCGGCAAAUGGGGUUCCAGUCUGCUGGAGCUGAUCGACUUGCUGGGCGAAGAAAACACCUUUCUGAGCAUCUACGAGAACGACGCCGGCGACGAAGCCGGGCGUGCCCUUGCCGAGCUGGACGCCCAGGUCAACUGCAACAAGUCCAUUGUGUUUGAGCCGCACUAUGACUUUUCUCACGCCGAGAACGUGACCCUCCCCGACGGCUCAGUGCGCUUGCGACGCGUGCCCUAUCUGGCCGACCUCCGAAACCGCGCUCUGCGUCCGCUGGAGGAACAGAACCGCAAGGGAAUCCAGUACGACAAGGUGUUGUUUCUCAACGACGUCUACUACAACCCACUCGACAUUGUGCACCUGCUCUUCUCGACCAACGCAGACCAAAACGGCGUGUCCAGCUAUCGCGCCGCCUGCGCCGUUGACUUUGGAAACUUGAUCAAGUUUUAUGACUCCUUUGCGGUGCGAGAUGCCCAUGGCUACCCCAUUGGCGUGCCAUUUUACCCCUGGUUCGUCUCAACCGGCGCGGCGACCAGUCGCAAGGAUGUGCUGGACCAAAAGGACGCUGUGCGUGUGCGCAGUUGUUGGGGUGGCAUCGUGGCCUUCGACGCAAAGUACUUUCAGACCAGCACUAACACCGCUCAGCAGGUCAGCAAGUCCGUUCCUCGCGAAACACUUGCAGACCGGCCAAAAGAACAAGAAAGACCUGCCGUCACGACAUCUACACCCGUUCGCUUCCGUACCAUUUCCGAUGUCUUCUGGGAAGCCUCGGAAAGCUGCCUGAUCCACGCCGACCUGCAGGACCCCUAUACCAACAUCGACCAAGUCAUCGAUACAGGCAUUUACAUCAACCCGUACAUCCGGGUAUCCUACGAAUACCGGGCCUUCACGCGGCUCGGCUUCGUGCGCCGCUUCGAGCGCCUCUUCGCCUGGCCCAACUGGAUCGCUAACUUGUUCUCUCACCACCCAGAACAUAACUCGCGCCGCACCAACAUCGCUGGCGAGACGGUCACGCAGCGGGUAUGGCAGCCCAACGCCAGUUACGACGAGGGCGGAUACUGGAAGGAUGAGACACGGGUGGCUUCGCGCGGCGGGUUCUGUGCGAGACGCAGCCUGUUUGUGUUGAAUAACAAGCGGCAAGAGGACGAUUCUGGUUGGGAGCCGAUCAGGGUGCCUCCUGAUCCAGACUCGCUUGACUGGACUUUAUAA